AUGGAUACCAGCUCAUUUUCAGAGAGUAAUUCAACACUCAGGAGCAAAGUAUCAUAUUCGCUGGAAAAUCAGACCCAGUUGACUGAUAUUGCAAGCACACAAUUGAGAUCACAGGGCUCCAAAGUGGGAUCAGCAAAAUCGUUGCAACUUUAUAGAAAUCAGAUCACUUCCGGCGAUCAAUCGGCAACUGAAGAAUCAGAAGAGGAUGAAGACCAUACUCCUGAAGAUGAGUUUAAACUUGUAUCAGAAUCCAACGACUACGUAAAGGACCAGAAGGACUUAGUGUUAUGGGCUAAUAAACUAGAGCUUGAAAGUGCCGACCUUAGGGAAACUUCCAAAAAAUUGAUUAAGGAUUUACGUUCAAUGUCAGAGGACAUCAAGAGAGGCAUAAGACAAUUUCAAGCUCUUGCGACGCAGUCCAAAAACAUCAUGAAAGAAAUGGAUACGCGUUUGAAGCUCUUUGGUUACAGGGAAGAGUCUAUUGAUGAGAGUACCAAUGAUGAUAUCAAAUCUGACACUGGAAUAAUACUUGAUAAUCAAGUUCAACUUUUUAAGAUGAUGGAAAGGCAAGACAAGUUCAACAAAAAGCUCACCGAGAUGCUGAAUAAAAAUUUCUGGAGUGCAAAUCAACCCCUUGACGACAGAUCUCUACCCCAAGGCCAAAAGAGGGCAAGCAGAUGCUCUUCAAAACCCAUCGGUACAGACCAGGAUGGUCCUGCUAUCAAGAGGCAAGCCUCCAUUGCACCCUAUUCACGAACACGCUCUGCCAAAACCUCCACACGUUUUGGCCAGCUCGAGUGA